AUGUCGACUAGUCUUAAAACCGUCGACUUCGAGGUGUUCGGACGUGUGCAGAAAGUUUUCUUUCGCAAAUGCACGCAGGAACAUGGUAAACAAUUAGGCUUAAGGGGUUGGUGUCGAAACACGCCAGAAGGCACAGUGAUUGGCACAAUACAAGGACCGCCAGACAAAGUCGCCGAGAUGACUGCGUGGUUGCGAGACAUUGGAAGUCCGGCUAGCCGCAUCGAUAAGUUGGAGUUGAAGAACGAAAAGAGUAUUAGUGAUUAUACAUAUUCGGAUUUUGAUAUAGUUAGAAAAAAAAUAUGA